AUGUUGGGUUCUAGAAAAUCUAGAGCUAAACCAAGGCCUCAACCCAUGCCUAUGAAGGUGACAAGGAAAUUGCGGAUUGUUUAUAAUGAUCCUUAUGCAACUGAAUCAUCAUCCGAAGAUGAGUCGCAGCCGAGGCAAAUAAGGCGGGGCUGUGUCGAGAUGCCUCUGCCUUUUAUCCGUGAUGUUUCUGCCGUGGCUGUUACUCAAGAUUCAUUCUAUGGGAAGGAGAACAUUGCAGCCAGAACGAAGAGUUCUCUGUCAGUGAGACGAGUUCAAACAAAGAGGAGGAGGUGUGUUCCUCCUGCUACUCCGACUACUAGAAGACAAUCUUCCGCGAAGUAUCGAGGAGUUCGAAUGAGGAAAUGGGGGAAAUGGGCUGCGGAGAUUCGUGAUCCGUUCAAAGGUGCUAGAAUCUGGCUUGGAACUUACAACACUGCUGAAGAAGCUUCUCAUGCUUAUGAAUCCAAAAGACUUCAAUUUGAAAUGGAAAUGGAAGCUAAAGCAAAUGAAAAAGAAGCAUGCAUCAACCAUAGUUGCUCUGCAUCAGCACCAGCUGCAACUACAUCAACUACAUCAUCCGCGGAUGCUGCUAAUGCUUCUGCGUCGGAGAAGUUUUCAACUACCGAAGAUUCUGAGAUGUUCUCGCAUGCAUCACCUUCUUCGGUGCUUGAAUUGGAUACUCUAGCAUCCAAUAUGAUGGAGAAGGUUGAUGCUGUUGUCGAAGAUGAACCUAGUGAUAUGAUGGCUUGCCAACUUGAAGAGCUAGAAAUUCCAGAUCUAAGUGUUUUGAACUUGCCUGAGCCACCUGUUGCUGCUGCAGAGAAUCCAAUUGGGACUGAUCUCAAUUUUGGUGAGUUUGGAUUUGAUUUUGAUCGGUUUAACAUCGAUGAUUUUGGACAGGAUUUUGAUGAGUUUGGUGACUUUAGGGAUAUUCACAUUCAUGGCUUUGAUGACAAUGAGCCUAGUGAACUUCCUGAUUUUGAUUUUGGCAUAGAAGACGAUGAGUUUGCUGGUUGGAUUGAAGAACCACUCCAACACAACAUAUCAUGUGUCUAA